CACAGACGAAAACUCAAGAACAAGCCAGAUGUAGACCUUUCUUGGCAUGGAGAGUCAAGCCCAUGCUACAGCAGGAGCUUCUCCUUGUGAAGCAGAGCUUCAGGAACUGAUGGAACAAAUUGACAUCAUGGUGAGCAACAAGAAGUUAGACUGGGAAAGAAAGAUGCGGGCAUUGGAGACACGGUUGGACCUUCGGGAUCAAGAGUUGGCCAAUGCACAGACUUGCUUGGACCAGAAAGGCCAGGAGGUGGGGUUACUUCGACAAAAGUUGGACAGUCUAGAAAAAUGUAAUCUAGUAAUGACUCAGAACUACGAAGGACAGCUACAGGCCCUAAAAGCUCAAUUCUCUAAGCUAACCAAUAACUUUGAAAAACUGAGAUUACACCAGAUGAAGCAAAAUCAGGUUCACCGGAAGGAAGCCCCCAGCAAAGAAGAAAUGCCCUUCGAGCUAAACAGUUUGAAUCAGAAGCUGGAGGAGUUCCGAGCGAAGUCAAGGGAAUGGGACAAACAGGAGAUCCUCUAUCAGACCCACCUGGUGUCUUUGGAUGCUCAACAGAAAUUACUAUCUGAAAAAUGUAAUCAGUUCCAGAAACAGGCACAAAGUUACCAAACUCAGCUAAAUGGUAAGAAGCAAUGCCCAGAGGGCAGCAGCCCAGAACUCCCUCACAUGGCCUGUGACUCAGAUCCUGGCUGCGAAGCCGGCCAAAGAGAUGAGUUCAUCAUUGAAAAGUUAAAGUCAGCCGUGAGCGAAAUAGCACUGAGCAGGAACAAGUUACAGGACGAAAACCAGAAGCUUCUGCAAGAACUGAAGAUGUGCCAGAGACAGUGUCAGGCCAUGGAAGCAGGACUGUCAGAGGUGAAGAGUGAGUUGCAGUCGCGUGAUGCUCUCCUGAGGAUUAUAGAAAUGGAGAGAUUGCACUUGCAUAGAGAGCUGUUGAAGAUGGGAGAAUGCCAGACUGCUCAAGACAACAGGAAAAGACUUGAAGCAUCGUAUUCCCCUUCUACUAAAGAAGCAGAGAGGAAAAGGAAAGACUUGUUUUCGAUGGUCUCCGACCAACCAAAUCAUGAAAAAGAGUUAAACAAGAUGAGAAGCCAGAUGUAUCCGGGGGAAGGCGGACAUGCGGAGCAGGAGCGCAUGAGGAGCGAGAUCUCCGACCUCACCCAGGAGCUUCACCAGAAGGACAUGACUAUUGCAGCUGUCAUGAAGAAAGCCGCCCUUCUGGAAAGACAGCUAAAGAUAGAACUAGAAAUAAAAGAAAAAAUGUUAACCAAGCAACAGGUCUCUGAUGUGAGAUACAGAGCUGUCCGAACAGAAAGCACACAUCCUCUGAAAGGAAUGAUGGGGGACUUAGACCCUGCACGGUACUUGAGUAUGGACUUUGCUGACAAGGAGCAGCCACAGUACACAUCGAUUAACAAACUGGAGUACGAGAAUGAAAGACUCCGAAGUGACCUCGCCAAGCUCCACGUCAAUGGAAAGGCAGCAUGGCCUAAUCAGAGUAGCUACGAUGAAACAGGAACAUAUGUCUACCGGAGCCAGCUGAAGAUGGACACAAGCGGAGACAGAAUUAGCCAAGACUGUGAACUGAACAGAAGCUCUACGCCACCUUUGCCAUGUCAGACCAAAGAGAUGACAAGUCCCUUGCUUAGUGACGACGAAGUUUUUCCUCUGUCUCCCCCAGAUAUGUCCUUCCCUGCUUCCCUGGCUGCACAGCACUUCCUGCUGGAAGAAGAGAGGCGGGCCAAGGAGCUGGAGAAGCUGCUCAACACACACAUCGACGAGCUGCAGAGGCACACCGAGUUUACACUCAACAAAUACACCAAGUUCAAGCAGAGCAGACACAUAUGAGCUCUGCACCUUUUCUGUUUGCUUCCUCUCCAAAAGAAGGAAAGGGGGGAGCUCCGCUUGCAAAGCAGACUCAUGAAACUGAGAACUCGCGUUCAGUCUCCACUAGUAAACCACUUGCUAAGACGGCUAGAAGGCAGCCUUUGUCCACAAAGCUGUUUGUUUCUGCAUUUCACUUUCUAAUUGUUCUGUUAGGAUAGAAUAAGCAUGACUAGCCCCAAAGGCUUUCUUUCCUGCCCAAGGAAUCGUUUGGGAUUAAAAUGAAUUAGUUCUGAUUUUAAUCAUGUAUGCUAAAGUCCCAUUUCCUGUGUAACAGGCAGCGAGAAAGGGAAGCACUCGACUCCAAACAUAAGGAGACUGAGUGCAGCCCUCUGAGCUGGGCACAAAAACUCAAGGACUCCUAAAAGUAAAAGAUGUUUAGGUAGGUACACUGGACUGCGCAAACACCCUAAGAUUUGUUUAGAAGCAAAAGGAUGUGCCUUUGCUGUUUUACAUCCCCUAAGUAGCGUCUCUGCCUGAGCAUCAGGAAGGAUUUUUCUGAAUGUGCACUGUGCACAGUAAAAGCUGCUGUGCCAGACAGCCGUGCUACCACCGAGACACGGCACACAGAGCACGAAGCUGCCUCCGUCCCCCGUGUAACCACUCGUUUGUAAUAAAAUA